GGGGAUUGUAUCUACAGACCAACCUUUCACCACCCUUCCAAUUCUAAGAUUCGUGGGUUUCCGACAGCUUCUGCUUCCGAUUAAACAUGGCAGCCCCUGGCUUUCCAGAAACCGCAACCCAACUUAACGAUCGAGAUGUCGAAAGUUCGUGUCCAUCACACAGCCCCUCUGAUGGACCGAAGAACAAUUCUGAAAUCGUUGAAUCGGCGAGCGCGCGCCCCAAUGAAGACACCGAAUUGACCUACGUAAAUGCGCCAAAGAUGUCCCUGCUUCGGCUUUUCUGGUACUUUUUCUACAACUUUGGUCUCUUUGCCUGGGGCGGCCCUGUCGCUCAGAUUGCUCUGAUCAAAGAGCAAAUCGUAGUCAAAGAAGAAUGGAUCUCGAUGGCACGAUUUCAACGCGUUUUCGCUGUCUAUCAGAUCCUCCCGGGGCCAGAGGCAGCUGAGCUUUGCAUGUUCUUUGGGUGCUUAAGCGCCGGUAGAAUUGGAGGAAUCGUCGCAGGGUUAGGGUUUAUCCUGCCUGGGUUCAUCUUGAUGUUGGUAGCAAGCUACUUGUACACUCUAGCCGGUCUCGAGAACAAGUAUUUCAACGCCAGUUUCCGUGCAUUGCAACCAGUUGUGGCAGCCAUGAUCUUUAAAGCUACACAUAAGAUAGCAGAUCAUUCCAUAAUUAAUCAAGGCACUAAGAAGGUGGAUCCCUUCCUUGUCAUGGCCGCAAUCUGUACAGCCAUCAAUUCAGCUUUACAUCUGAACAUAUUUAUUUCUCUCGGUCUGUACGGCAUCAUUUAUAUGUUCGUCGCUCGUAGGCUUUGGAUACCCGCUGGCAUAUUGUUCGUCCUUCAAUACGUGGGGUAUGCCGUCUAUGCCGUCUUUCGAGGUGUUCCAUCACCAGUAUCACUGGCUCUUGGAAUUGCUAAGACACCUUCUCUCAUCAAUCUGUUUGUUCUUGGGCUCGUUGCGGGUUCGUUAUCAUUUGGGGGUGCUUACACUGCCAUCCCCUUCGUCCAUGUCGAAGCUGUGUUAAAAGGUGCAUGGCUACCUCAGCGAGUAUUUAUCGAUUGUAUUGCUAUAGGGAACGUACUGCCAGCACCGCUCGUAAUUUUUGCUACGUUCGUUGGAUUCCAGGGCGGCAACAAAGAAGGUGGCCUGGGUAUGGCAUUCGCUGGAGCAGUUGUUAUAACCUUGGGUAUGUUCUUUCCAUGCUUCUUGUUUACUAUCGCUGGCCACUCAUUGCUCGAAAAGCUGGUUCACAACAAGUUUCUCUCUAGCUUUUUUGACGGACUCUGUGGAGCAGUCAUUGGCGUUAUUGCCGUGAUCAGCUUUGAAAUUCUCAAAUCCAGCGUCCAAGGAACGGAACGAGACUUUCUAACUAAGCCGGUGGAGCUAGCUAUUGCAAAGGCAGCACAGUCAGGAAUUGCGGCUGUAGUUUUUACGGUUGCGUUAGCCGUUUUGUACAAGUUUGCCAACAAGUGGACUCCUAUUGUACUCGUUAUAUCUGGCGCAGUGGCGGGGCAAUUCCUCUUUCUUGAGGAUCUUUCGGAUCGUUGAGAGUGCGGCGAUGCCACCGGAACUGUUCGACAGCGUUUGAGAAGCCAAAGUAAGGGUUCACAGAGUAACAUAGGCUUUGCUUUCCCCAUCAAAAAUCAGGGAAAAAGCGAGGACAAGUACCGCUGGACGGACUUUGAAGUAGCUAGGGAAAGAACUGUUCAUGCACUGCUACUGAUAGUGCUUGACGGAGACAGAGAAGAAUUCGAUUGUUGCACCAAAAGAAGAGUACAACGCGAUGUUUGAUUCCGCGUUAUACGUUAGCUAUACAAAAAUUGUCUACUUGUCUCUGCAAUUCUUCCCAAACAACAAUGACUGCUCCUCGACGAUACAGAGUCAAGCAG